AUGUCAUACUCAGCAGCAAUGGAGGAGGGGUCAGCUCCCGCCUCUGACGACGGCCGAGGAUCGCAAGAAAACAGUGGCCAGCGACACGACAGAAUAGCAACCAAGGAACGCCAUAUCGCAAUGGCAUCCGCUGAGAUAGAGGACGAAACCGUCGACUUGGAUGUCCCAGACCAGGUUUCGAUAUCGCAAAAGAUGCUUUCCGCCGUCUCUGGGAGCAUCCUCACUUCUCUCCUAGUCACUCCUCUAGAUGUCGUCCGCGUCCGUCUUCAAUCCCAAGCACAUCCCUCAGACGCCUCCUCCCGACCGCGCCCCCACAUCCGCACACUACCCUCCACCCUAGGCACAACCUCCUUCUCCAACCUCCCCCCAAACCUAGGCAUCUCCUCCUGCUGCCGCGAAGUCUUCUGGGUGAACAACAACGCCCCCUACUGCGUGGCCGCCGACAGCGUAGCCAUCGCCUCGACGCCCGCCUCCUCGCUGGCCGCGGACUGCGCGGCCGAAGAAGCCCAACGAAAGACCUUCACCUCGACCUUCGACGGCCUGCGCAAGAUCGCCCAGAACGAGGGCACCCGCACCCUAUGGCGCGGCCUGUCCCCCACCCUCGCAAUGGCCGUCCCAGCAAACGUAAUCUACUUCGCCGGCUACGACUGGCUGCGCACCUCGCCCGCCUCGCCGCUCCACAACAACAUCUCCCCCGUCUACGCACCCCUAGCCGCGGGCUCCACGGCCCGCAUCCUCGCCGCCGUCGCCGUGAGCCCGAUCGAGAUGUUCCGCACGCGCAUGCAGGCCGCGCACAACGCGCAGACGGCCUCGGGGCUCUUCCGCGAGACGCUCGACGGCCUGCGCGACAUGGUGCACGCGCAGGGCUUCCGCUCCCUGUGGCGCGGUCUCAGCCUCACGCUGUGGCGCGACGUGCCCUUCUCGGCCAUCUACUGGUGGGGCUACGAGUCCGGCCGGAACGUGCUCACUGAUGCGCGGGAGCGGGCACGGGGAAGGAGCAGCGAGAUUGGAUUUCUCCCGAAUGGCGCGGGGGACUCGAGAGAGAGGCAUCGGCGGAGGAGCAGGAGUAGGGAGAAGGAGGACCAUACGGCUACGCUUGUGGACUCGUUUGUUGCGGGCGCGGUCAGUGGGGCUGUGGCGGCGUUUGUGACGACGCCGUUUGAUGUCGGGAAGACGAGGCAGCAAGUGCUGAAGCAUUCGGGGGCGGAGAGGAGGGACAGGGGGGUGGAUAAGAAACAUGUCAGGCCCGAGGACAGGAGCAUGCCGCGGUUUUUGUGGCACAUCUUUAAAGAGCAGGGCAUGGGUGGCUUGUUCAAGGGAUGGGCCGCCAGAUGUCUGAAGGUCGCGCCGGCGUGUGCGAUCAUGAUCAGCAGCUAUGAGAUUGGGAAGAAGAUGGCGGGGGGCAUGAACGAGCGGAGGGAUGCAAAGAGGAUGGCUAUUGAAGAGGAAAAGUGA